GAGGCAGGCGAGGGGACCGCGCCACCUGAGGCGGCUAGGCGCACGCCUCUCUUUCUAUGCGGUUAGGGGAUGGCCCCCAUCUCCUUCCCACGGUGAGGUGAAACAAGCUGGCCGUGUACCGUCGCCCGCCGGAGCAGCCCCGGGGAAGUCCGGUCGGGUAAGGCAUCGUGGUGCCUCGCCCCUUUUCUCGGCAGCCGGGCGGGCAGGGGAAGAAGAGUCGCCCUAACGGGCCGUGGGGCGGGUAUGCCACACUUCAGUUUCAGCUGGGGUCCCGAGACCAAAGGGUGAAAAUAAGCGAGCCCCCCACUCCCCGCCUCCGUAAAGCGUCCAUCCCGCUAGCCAUGAGCAGCCGCGACCACCUGUUCAAAGUGUUGGUGGUGGGGGACGCCGCGGUGGGCAAGACGUCCCUGGUGCAGCGAUAUUCCCAGGACAGCUUCAGCAAACACUACAAGUCCACGGUGGGAGUGGACUUUGCUCUGAAGGUUCUCCAGUGGUCUGACUCAGAGAUGGUGCGCCUCCAGCUGUGGGAUAUUGCAGGGCAGGAGCGUUUCACCUCUAUGACCCGACUUUACUAUCGGGAUGCCUCUGCCUGUGUUAUUAUGUUUGAUGUUACCAAUGCCACUACCUUCAGAAACAGCCAGAAAUGGAAGCAAGACUUGGACAGCAAGCUCACACUGCCCAAUGGAGAGCCGGUGCCCUGCCUGCUCUUAGCCAACAAGUGUGAUCUAUCCCCCUGGGCAGUGAGCCGAGACCAGGUUGACCGGUUCAGUAAAGAGAAUGGUUUCACAGGUUGGACAGAAACCUCGGUCAAGGAGAACAAAAAUAUUAAUGAGGCCAUGAGAGUCCUCAUUGAAAAGAUGAUGAGCAAUUCCAGAGAAGAUAUGUCUUUGUCCACUCAGGGGAACUACAUCAACCUGCAAACCAAGCCCUCCUCCAGCUGGGCCUGCUGCUAGUAGCAUUUGGCUUGUUUUCCCUCUCAGCUCCAGGAGGUCUUUCUCUUCGCUUUGGUUGCCCACCCAACAGUUUUACUAAGUACAUUUGACCUGUCUGCUGGUGACUGUCUGGUAAGGAGAGCCAUCAUCACUAAGAAGAGAUGCGUGGGACCCCAUGGGCAUUUCUGCCUCUUGCUUGCUGCUGGCUUAGAGAGACCAGUCAGUGUCUUCUGUCCAAACAAGAUCAUCUCAUCCCUCAGUUUGUGAUCUGGGAUUGAUUUUGUGGGAAGGAUUAGAAAUUAGCAUCUGUGUUUCAAGAAGCAUAAUUCUCACCUGCUUUUGAGUGUAUUUUUCCAUUCAAUGUAUAUUGAUAUCCCAGUCUGAUAGGACUUCAGUUACAAGGAAAGUGAGAUCAAAGCUCAUUCCCCAAAUUCCUUGUUGGCCAUUGCUUUCAGAUUCUUUCUGUUUUGCCUUCGAAUUAAACAUCUGAUUCCGAGAUGCAGGAGGAGUGGGGCCAGAUAAUAUGGGUUUAGGGCUACUGGAGGCCCUAAAUGAAAAGUCACUGUAUUUUUUUAAGAUUCUAAAGUUGUAUUAGCUUUCUCUUGUCUUGGCUCUAAAAAUAGCCAAGCUUUUAAAUGAACUCUUUGGUGAGAGCAUUUCUUUCUCCAAAGAAAUUGAUUCUCACAUUAAUGUUUUCUAGUGUCUUUUUCCCAGUGGGCUGGGGACCGGGUUUGCAGGUUUCUGGGUUGAUGUCUUGCUGCAUAAUGCUGCAAGUGACAUCAGUUGGCUAUGGUGCCCUAAAAUAGGUCUGUUCCUCAAAGCUCUGGGAGUCUGAGUGGAAGAAGAGGCAGAGGUUAACAGAACAAAAUCCUGUGGGGCAACUUGCUUAUGAGCACUUUUGUGGCUAGCACUUAACAGCCAUAGGAAAUAAAUAUUAUGUAUAGACCUUUGCCUAGAGGUGGAAAGUAGAUAGACAGAAAAUCAUUAGGUAAUUUAAGUGCUAAAUUGGGUAGAGUUUUUAGUAUCCAAUCACUUCUAGACAGUCUAAUUUGUUAAAUUCUCACAGGAUGGUGAUUUAUAACCUACCUAGAGUUAUGAAUAUUCUUAGUGAGCUCAGACUUAGAGCUCUGUGAGAGACAUUUAGCUAAAUAAGUGUUCUAAGUCUGUGGUCCCCACAUCUGAUCAAAACCACCUGGAAAGUUUGUUUAAAGAUUUUAAAAUAAAAUGUUUUAAGAUUAGUUUCCCAGUCUGACCUACUAAAUCAAAAUGUCCAGGAGUGAAAUCUGGGGAUUCAUUGUUGUUAUUUUCAAAACUUCCCAGGCAAUUCUGAUCAGGCCAGUUUGGAAACCACAGCUGGAGAAUGUGGUAAAAAUGCAGAGAUCCAGGCCUUCCCAAUGAAAUGUUCCUGGGCUUCUGUAGGCUCCAUUAGUUCUCUAGGUGAUUUUGACACACACCAGACUGGGGCUUCCCAGGUGGCACUAGAGGUAAAGAACCCGCCUGCCAGUGCACUAGACAUAAGAGAUGAGGGUUGGAUCCCUGGGUCAGGAAGAACCCCUAGAGGAGAAAAUGACAACCCACUCCAGUAUUCUUGCCUGGAGAAUCUCAUGGACGAGGAACCUGAUGGGCUACAGUCCAUAGGGUUGCACAGUCUGACGUGACUGAAGUGACUUAGCACGCAUGCGUGCAGACUGAAAACCACUCUCCUAAGAGAUCAGAAGCCAGAUAUCAGAGCCUUUGGUGGUUUGUUUUUAAUACCAGUUGUUAUAAAUUUUGCUCAGUCUUUUUAGACCUUCACGUUCUCUUUUGUAUUACCCAUUCCAGAUAGAGUUUUUAUUACAAUAAUUCUGAAAAUAAUAGUGGAAGAACAAGUUCUCUGUGAAAAGAAAAUUGAUUUUUAUUCACUGAUUUGAACCCCUGCAAAAUCACAAAUAAAUGGGAAAUAAGUGUUGUAUUCAUGGUAGUUAUUGACCUUCAAUAUGAGUUUGUUAAAGUGUUAUUUUAUACUGAUAAGAGUAUUGUGGAAAUGGAGACUUUUUAAAAUACCUUCUUUAAAAUGAAGGUAAGUGUUAUUUUGUUCAUCUGUUAAUUUACUACUACCAGUUGCCUUGUUCCAAUUAAGUGAUGUAACUUCUCAAAUACUGCUUGGAAAUGUGACCAUUUAAAAAAAAAAUUGAAUAUGUUUUCUUUUCCCACUUGCUGACUCAGGAUAUUUCUGCCUUUUCAAGCAUUGCUAGAGGCUGGCCUACCAGCCCUUCUGGAUUUUCUCUCCCAACUGGUGAACAUUAUGGCCCUGAAACCAAUUAAGAAGAAAGUGAAAUAUAAUUCCUCUCCAUAUCCCUAUCUGUAAAGAAAAGAGAAAGAAAAAGAUAAGGAAGAAAAAAUAUUUACAUGAUUAGAAAUGUGAUUAUAUUAAAAAUAAUUAGAUCUUAUCAUUUGGAUGCUACCUCUUGGGUAAAACUGUUUGGAACAUGGAUAUCAUUGUAGCCCUUCCCUAGAGAAAUUUCCAUAUUUGAGACAAGAUUCCCCUUCACUUAUCCAGCUAGUCUGUGGCCAAGAAGAAAACAUAAGCAUUCCCUGCAGAGUGGUCUAAGAGAUAUGAGGAAGGGCUGAGAACAGAGCUGUGAGGUUGUGACUGCCCUGGCUUGCUAUUUUGAACAGAAUAGCUGAGUGAUCAAACAAGCUGGGAAAGGAACCACAGGUCACGGAAGGCCCCUCAGCAGCAAGUGAUGGUGUGCUCUUCUGUGCUAUAAUGAGCCAGGGUUCCUUUGAGAUGAUUUCUCUAACUCAGCAAUAGCUGAGGACUAUUUGGGUUCUUCGUUUUCUCUAUUUGGGUUCUUUCUUAUCUCCAGAUUUAACUCUUUUCCUUAGCUGGUCUGUAUUCUGUCCUCAGAACACUGUCCCAUCUAACAGAAGGCUCUUCCUGCCUUUUAUACUUUUGUAGGCAGUGGCCAAGGUUAGCAGAUGUAAAAAUUUCCUUGAUAGAUAUUCUGUACAAUCCAGUGAUUAGAUUGCUCAAGGAAAUAGACUUAAGUGCCCUUUUCUCCUUCACCCCCUUGGUUCACUAUGUAUAGGAAGAGGCCCCAGCUGUGUACAAGACUCAUUUAUUAAAGGCAAAUACCCCCCUGCUGCAAAUUGGAAUAGGUAGAAAGCCAGUCAAAAAUGUGCAUUGGAAAGAACUCUACAUGUAUCUUUGACUUGAGAAUAUAUCUACGCAUGAUCUUUGUUGUUGUUAGAAAAACCCUGCCCCCUCUUUGGCUUUCAAGCGUAAUCUGAAUUCUGUUCAGUUUUAUCUGCAGUUUUAGUAUAAUAAUGGUAUUGUUCUGCUUUAGGUUUCUCCAGGGAGAUAGAAGUAAUAAGAUACAGAUAUGUAUGUAUGUAUGUAUAUGAAUAUGUGUGUGUAUAUAUGUAAAGGGAUUUAUUAUAAGAAUUUGUCUCGUGUGAUUAUGGAGGCUGGCCAGCCUGAACCUGUGGAGCUGAUGCCCCAGUUCAAGUCCCCAGACUGGCAGACUGGAAGAGCUGAUGUUCCUGUUCAGAGGCCGUCAGACAGGAGAAUUCUCUGCUACUCAGGAUGGGGUGUCAACCUUUUGUUCUGUUCAGGUCUUCAACUGACUGGAUGAGCCCUACCUACAUUAGAGAAGGCAAUCUGCCUUAUGGCAUCUACCAAUGUAAGUGUUAAUAUUAUCCCAAAACACACUCACAGAAACACCCAGAAUAAUGGUUAACCAAAUAUCUGGGUAAACCCAUGUUCCAGUCAAAUUGACACACAAAAUUAACCAUUACUUGCAUUUAACAGUUCUUUACUAUAUAAUGGUACUGUUUUGAUAACUUUCUUCACACUCAACUUGAUUUACACUUAUCUGAUUAGGAACUAACCUACAUACAAUGGGAGUAAAGAGGAAAAGCAGAUAUGAAAGGAAGAAAAUAAGACAUUUUAUGAGAGGGGCAGUCCAGUAGUACUGGAUACCAAUAUCUGACUUUGUGUAAACUCUUCCUUCAGAUCUGUGAGUUGUGCAUGUUUCAUAUACUACCCUGGAAAUAAGAAAGCAAACAGUUCUCAUUUUAUAUUUGAGGGAACAAAUAUCUCAAAAUUUGACUAAUGAAAGGCAGCCAUUUGAAUCUGUAAUAAAGCCAAGACAUAACUGCAAAUCUUCAAAUUCCCCAUCUCCAUUCUAUGAUUUAGGUUUCUGGGAAGCAUUUGACCUGAAAAGCCUAUUUUAUUAAUAGAAUAUGAGCCCAGACAUUUAGAGAAGCAGAACUGGCUCUUCUUGGGUUGGAAAUUUAGUUUGUAUUAGACUUUGAGAUCAUGUUCAGAGACAUGUGUAAUUAAACUUGGGGCCAAGUUUAGUGCUGUUUGAAUAGCACGCAGCACAGAUAUGUCAUGAGAUGUUUGACAAGUUCCAAUGACUAAGAUAAUGUAAUGACUAAGAUAAUGUCACCCAAAUGCAGUGACUGUCAUUUAAUUUUGAACAUCAGCUUUCUUGUUUGCAAAUACAGAAAUUUUAAAAAGUUA